AUGAUUUUUGAGAUUUCAAAUUACUGUAAGGAUAUCAGUAAUUGUUUCAUAUCCUCGAAUAUAAAUCAAUCUUAGAAUGAAACACUUUUGCUUGAAAAAAUUCAAUCUUUGCAAGAAAGUUUGAAAGAGUUCGAUUUUUGGUUUAAAACGCAAUUCAAUAAUGAAGAACUUUUGGUCAAUUACAUCUAUACAGAGUUACUUGAAGUCAGAAAAAUUAAUAAAGUUGUUUAAUUUAAAAAAAUUGAUGAGAAAUCAUCAGAAAUCAAAGGCUUAAGUAUUGAUUCACAGAAGAGUGCAGAAACUUAAUCCAGCAUUUGUAGUGCAAUCUUUAGAACUAAUUAUAGAACAUACUCUAAAAAGUUAUAGAAGAAAGGAUCAUUAUUGAUGGAACUUCUCAAUAAUAAUAAAGAGGAACAAAUAAAUUAAUCCAAUCUCUAAACUCCUCCUAAAUCUUAUUCGCUUGAUAAGAUCUAUUACGUAAUUAAUUUUGAAAUUAAUUGUUUGAAACAAUAUGAAAUCACUGGAGAUGAGGAACUCCAAUUGUAAAAGAUAUAGGACAAAGAAGUGUUAAGAUGGAUUCUUGAAACUGUGUAAGCGAAAAAUCAUUACAAAUAAAUUUUAUAAUGUUUGAUAAACUCUGCUUAGGACUUGGCAAAUUAUUAGACGGAAGACUUUACUCAAGCAUUUGAAAAAAUGAAUUGCUAAGAUUCUUCAUUUACAAAUGAUGAAUAUAAAAGAUCCAUAAGCAACUAAUCAUUUUACAUGAAUUAAGAUGCAUUCAAAUAAUUGAUAGUGGAUAAAAUAAAAUAAAAUAUGUCUUAAUAAAAUGAAAAAAACAAAAAGUAAAAAUAAAAGAAGACCAUAAUAUCAAAUUAAUAUGACACUACAGAUUCAAAAGUCUGUAUGUGUUCAAUAUUUUGA